AUGAACGUCUCCGUAUCGAGUCAAUGUGUAAGUGAUCAACUCUAUCGAGCUAUUUUCUUGGAGUGGAAAGCUUUAGUCUCAAAUUGUCAACAAAAACAUACUCGAUCAGAUCACUUUAAGAACUGUCUUGAGAAACAAAUUCAGCUGAAAUGGGUACUUCAUCAUCAUUGGAAGAUCAUACUUCGGCGGUCGUAUAGCGCAUGGAAAAAGCUGCUAAUGAUGAAGCAAGCGCAAAAGGAGAAUGAGAUGCUAGCAAUCUUUUUCAACACGCAGCGAUUACUAGUUGACAAGUUUAAUAAAUGGAGUAAAUACGUUAUGGUCAAACAGAGCAAUUUGGCACGCGUAGCUGCGCUGUUACGUCAAUGUCAACUUCAUUUGCUGUCCCGCGGUGUCAGAAAGUGGAGAAGACAAGCUGUCAGCUUACAGCGACAACGUCAGAACGAGAAAAGAGCUGUUCAACUGUUGUUGAAAAGACAACGUUUAGCUUACGCAUUGAAGCAAUUGUGGACGUGGAAAACGUCUCGAAUCCGUACUCGGAACCAGGCAAAGAAAAUUCAAAAUAGCCGUGUGAUGGCAUCGUGCUUUCAGUGCUGGCAGCAAUUUUUUCAAAGUCGCUUGGCAUACGCUCAAUCCAUACGUGUGCACGAACGAGUUCAAAGGAAAAGGUUCAUGUUACAAUGGAAAAAGUAUUGGCAACAACGACGGGUAUACGACAAGAAGCGACUCCAAGCUCGAGUGUUUCGCUGUGUUUUUGUAGAGCAAAGCGUAUUAACGACAUGGAGAUACGUUGUCCAGAUUGAAAGGAAAGCGAAAGCAGCACUAGCGUUCAAUACAGCAAAGAUACUUGACAAAAGGUUUUCCAUUUGGAAAUCACAAAUCCGAGUGCUUCAGCAAAUGAAGCAGAUGUCUCAAAACCAAAGAGCAAACCAAUUACGAGCUCAUUUUGAGGCUUGGAUGCAGUUCGUAGCGACUACGAGGCAGAUGCAUGAAAAACUGAUUCGAGUAUUGCGGUUUAAAAUUAACCACUGCGUGCUUAGAGUCUGGUUAAGUUGGAGACAAUUGGUCCAUGAUAAACGACAGAAGCAACUAGCUGUAAAACUCGCUGCAGAGUUUUAUAAGCGCUUUCUCACUAGUGACAUUGUCGUAGUUUGGAAGAUGAGAGCUACAAGGUGGCAUCGUAAAAGGAUUUUGAUGGACCAAGCCUUACUUCAGUGGCGAAAUUCGCUCUUGUGUCAAAGUUUUCAGAGUCUUGUACUGUGGAAACAAGUUGAAAGAACGUUGAAACAUCUUCACAAUAAGUUGGUGACCUGGUUGAGUGAGAGACACAAACGUCACGUGAUUUCGAAUCUGCGAGCGUUGUGUAUGGAAGUCAAUCGAAAGAGAAAUUUACAUACAAAAGCCUGUAUCCAUUGGAAACAUCAACACCAGCAAAAGUAUUGGAGAAGUCUCGUUCAAUGGUUUCACGUUGCUCAAGAUUAUAAAUUCAAAUGUUUCAGAGCUGACACAUUUACUCGAUCGUACCUCAUGCGUCGAUACUUAAGGACAUUCCAAGCACACAUCUACUAUAGACAGCAACAGAAGGAGAAGAUCAGUUCAAUUUCUCAUCGCUACUAUCUCAGCGUCGUCAAACGUAUCUUGUAUCAGUGGAAUUUAUUGACUGAUUUCCGAAUAAAGUUCCGGGCAUUACGGCACAAAACUUUGCUCUCGCAACGUCGCCAAGGUCUCCAACAAUGGCAUCAACUUGUCAUCACCCAAAGUUAUAUUCUUACACAAAUGCAUCAUAUGGCACAUAAGCGUCGACGUCGAGAACUCGUUAUCUGGUUUAAUCAUUGGGAAAGUGUAUGCACAGAUCAGUGGUUAAACAAUCAGCUUAUUGCGUAUCAUCAACGUCACGCACAAAGAGACAGUCGACUUCGUCACGUCUUUAAAGUACUAAAGCUACUUUUGUCUGAUCGCCACGACCGUAAAGUCUCUUCUUAA